CGAUUCUGAUCUCUUUGUUCGCCUUGAUGCGAGUUUUUUGCUGCUGGAUCUACAGGCAAAAUCAAAGCCAAGGCUAGCUUAAGCUUCAGUGCUUUGCAAUUCCAAAAAGCACACUGUAGUAGCAUCGUAGAGGGAAGAGAUGUAGCCGCUCCCAUUCCAGCCAACGUGAGCAGCGAGCCAUAUCAAUAGCGGCAUCCCUGUCUCUGAAAAAUACCAAUAUGAAUGCGGGUAAGACUGAAAUUGACGGGGGAACAGACCCUCUGAUGCACGCAUCUCGUGAUAAGUUUCCAGAAAGUAAUGAUAAAACUGCUGAGAAAAUACAAACUGCAAUUUCUACGCCUGGCUUUGAGAAUGUUGAUUCUCCUAGUAUUAUAAAUGCUAGUGAACCUGAAAGACUCACAGAAAGUGAAGGGGGGUUUCAAACAAAGAUCCGUGUGUCUGAAGAACGUGUCAGUGAUGUAUGCGCUGAAGAUGGAGAUAUAACAGUACCACCAAUCUCACUGGUUAGUGACAGUACUGCAAACUGUACUGAUGAGAAAAAAAUGGAAAGUGACAAUGAAGCUGAUAUUGCUCUAGCAAUGUCUUUGGACAGUGAAAAAAUAAAUGUGGAAGACAAUGAUACUAAUGGAGUAAUUUCCCCAGCUUCUUUGCCAGAAAUUGAUUCCCCUGGUAAAACCAAUGCAGUCAGUUUGUCCAAACCAGCCAUGAAUCAAGACAUGGAUAAAGAUGACGGUAUGGCAGUUCCAAUUUCUGUUCAGUACAAUGAAGAAUGUAUGAAUGAAGAACAGAUGGGAACUGAUGAUGAGGUACCAUCUUCACACGAACCUAAGAACCAACCCCAAACAGAAUUGUCUGACUGUAGAGCAAAUGUUAAAGAUAAUGUACAAAAGACUGAAAGCAGUGAGCCUGAUGAAGGCAGUGACAAUGGACCAGCCUAUCCUGCAGUAUGUGAAGGGAAUAUGGGGGAUAAACCCAACCUGAAGAAAAUGAUUGCCAAGUGUAUAAUUUGUGGCUCAUUGCCGCAAAGAUCUAGGGCUAAAUUCACAAAGCUUAUCACUUGCCCAGAAAUUCAAAGUGAAAUCCAAGAACUUCUGAAAUUGUUGGCACCUCCAGCAAGGUCAGAUGUUUGCUGUGGUAGGUGUGUCAGUAUGAUGAAGAGAUUUUUGAGUGCAAAAAAAGUUUUUCUAAACUUAAAGUGUAACAUCAUUGCACUUCAUGUUGAUGCACAGACAAAGCCAAAAGGGGCCAGUGAGUCCAUAGAUGAGGAUGACCACGAAGAGUCAGAUGGGCAAGAUAUUAAUGAUUCAGAGGAAGAUGUUCAGGAAGCAAGCAUUAAUAAUCGAACUUAUAAAAGAAAACUAAGGAGUAGCAAUGUGGUACAACGGGCAAGAACGCGCUCUCGGACUAAUGCUGCUCGCAAAGAGUCCCAGCCAAAAUUACAAAAUAUUAGCAACCUUUAUGAAUUAGAUACUGAAGACCAUGAAACAAGUGAUACAGACAAUAGAAAUCGUGAUAUCAGUCAUAACAAAAAAGAUGGUGAGAUAUUGGUCAAGCAUGAAAACAUUGAUAUAGGAUAUGAGGUUGAUGGUAAUAGUAGUGACAAGGAGGUCAAUCAAAAAGUAAGAGUUCCUCGCAGUAAAAGAAAAACCUUCAAAUGUCAACACUGCAGUAAAGUUAUUAGUGGAAAAGAUGAGUUGGUGGCCCAUGAAAGGACACAUACUGGGGAGAAACCAUUUAAGUGUCGGUACUGUGACACAAGGUUUUAUAGAAAAAACUCCUGUGUACAUCAUGAAAAGAAGCACCAAGACAAGCCAUUCAGGUGUAAACUUUGUGUCAGGAUUUUUUCAUCUGAAGGGAAAUUAAAAGAACAUGAGACUAUUCACUCUUCGGUAAGACCAUACCAGUGCCAACACUGUGACAAAACAUUUACCAAAAAUGAGGAAUGUGUAAUGCAUGAAAGGGUGCACACUGGUGAAAAACCUUACCAAUGUCAGUUCUGCGAUAAAACUUUUCACAGAAAAAGAUCAUGUGUGUUACAUGAAAAGAAAAAGCACAAAGGCAGAGCAUCAUUAAAGAAAAAUGAUAAUGAAUCCUCUAACACAGAAUUACAGCCAUAUAAAUGUCAAUACUGUGAUAAAAUUUAUCGCAGAAAAGAUGAAUUGACCGUUCAUGAAAUGAAUCACACUGGUGAGAGACCAUUUAAAUGCCAGAACUGUGACAAAACAUUUAACAGGAAGAGCACGUUUGUUAAACAUGAAAAGAAGCAUGCAAAUAAACCAUUCAGGUGUUCUCAUUGUGAGAAAAGCUUUUCUAAGAAAGUGAACUGUGCUGAGCAUGAAAUGACCCACACUUUACCUAGGCCAUUUCAUUGUCAGUAUUGUACGAGGACAUUUGACAGGAAAGAUGAGUGGACGGCACAUGAAAGAACUCACACAGGAGAAAGACCCUUCAAAUGUAAAAUAUGUGAGAAAACAUUUUUGAGGAAGAAUUCCUGUGUUAAACAUGAAAAGAAACACAUGCCUGGAAAUUCAACAUCUGCGACACCUAAAAAAAGUAUUACAGAGGAAGAUGACAGCUCUGACUCUGAAGAAAAGAAAUUCCAGUGCCAGCAUUGUGAUAAAACAUUUUAUGAGAAGAGGAACUGUGAAAAGCAUGAAAAAACUCACAUUGAGAAAAAGGCAUUUAUAUGUAAGCAUUGUGGUGAAGGUUGCGAGGGCAAACAGGCUCUAGUGAGACAUGAAAAGACGCAUUUUGGAGGAAAACCAUACAAAUGCUGGGGAUGUGAUAUGUCCUUUGCCAUUCCAUCAAGAUUAAAAGAGCAUGAAAGAAUACACACAGGAGAGAAACCAUAUUUGUGUCAGUACUGCACCAAAAAAUUUACUCAAAGCUCCACUUUGAGAUUGCAUGAAAGAACCCAACACACAGGGGAAAGACCGUUCAAAUGUCAGUACUGUGAUCAGCGAUUUCCAACCAGAUUGUACCGUGAAGAACAUGAAAGAUUUCACACUGGUGAAAAGCCUUUUAAAUGCGAUUUUUGUGACAAGAGAUUUGUAAGAAAGGCAAAUUGGAGAGAUCAUGUGCGGACUCACACAGGGAUUAAGCCGCAUGUGUGCUCGUAUUGUGGGAAAGGAUUUCGCGACCGUGGAACUUGUGUUAUACAUGAAAGAACUCACACUGGGGAGAGACCAUAUGGAUGCAAGUACUGCGACAAAACAUUCAUCAGGAAAUCGAGGUGCACAGAACAUGAAAAAACUCACACUGGAGAAAAACCAGUCAAAACUCAACAAUCUGUUAACAAGAAUAAAAGCCAGUCUAAGGUUAACAAAAGUCAACUUAUUGAUGACACGUUCAGAAAUCAGCACCCUGACAUCCCAUACAAAAGUCACCACUCUGAAAACUCAUUCAGAAGCCAUCAUUCUGAAAAUACAUAUCGAAGCCAGCACUCUGAGAGUUCGUUCAUGGGUCAGUUGUCUGAAAAUUCAUACAGAAACCAGCAUUCUGAUGGUGCUUAUUUAAGUCAGCAGGGUGAUAACACAUUUAGGGGUCCUCAUUCAAGUAAUGUAUUCCCAGCCCCUGAGGUAGUGUAUCCUCCAGGGGAGAACCCAUACAUGUACAGUAUGUUUAUGCCAGGAUUGUAAAAAUGAAAGUGUCUAGUUAGUAGGUGGUGAUACACACUACAAAGAAACAAUUUACAUAUAUUCAAAUGCAUUAAAAGGUUAUGCUAAUGCCUCAGUUACGUAUAUACAGAAUUUUGCAGACAUUGCUAAAAUUUAAUAUUUUUUACAAGGAAAAUGAUAUACAACAUACCUUUAAUUGCAUGUAAAAAUAGUGUGAGUUACUUUAGGAAAUCAUUAUUUUGAUAAAUGUUACUUUUAAUAUGCAUACAAUGGUAACAUAGUAAGGCAUGUAGUAUUCAUAUGCUUAUAUGAAAUAGAAUACCAGUGUUGAAAAUUUGUAGUGCAAUAUUCAUAGAGCAAUACCCAUCAAGAGAAAAUUUAGUCACUGAGAGACAAAAUGAUUCCAUUUAUUCAUUACUUUCAAUUAUGUAUAUUUUAGUUCAUUUAAAA